GGGAGUGUGUGUCACUUGUGCCUCGCGCACUUUACGCGUCUUGACUGUGCACGAAUCGGAGUAAAAAGGCUCUUAAACCUAAUUUACUUUAGAUGACACGGGAAGUUGAAUGUCUCUCUGGACGCUGUUUGACAAUAUUUUGUGAUAUUUGUGAGAAAUGCGCUUAUCCGCGCGGCGCCACAGAUAGACCUCACCAGACCGACGCUCUCAUCCUCUCAACAUGACCAUCUUCAGCUCUUUAUUUGUUCUUCUCUUCAUCAGCAGGAUUCUGGAAAACUCUCUGCUGAGCGCUGAAGUGAAAGAGGGAGAGAUUCUUCCUCCCACCAUCCAGAAGCUCAUGAAAGGAUACAACAAAUACCUCAGGCCGUUCUUUGACAAUGGCCCAGUAACGGUGGGCAUGAGUCUGGACAUCGCUAGCAUUGACACAAUAUCAGAGAUCAACAUGGACUACACGGCCACGAUCUUCCUGCGACAGCGCUGGACGGAUGAGAGGCUGGUGUUUGAGGGUAACAAGAGUUUAAGUCUGGACGGUCGACUGGUGGAGCUGCUGUGGGUACCAGACACCUUCAUAGUGGAUUCAAAGAAAUCCUUCCUCCAUGACAUCACUGUGGAAAAUCGACUGAUCCGGAUCUUUCCCAACGGAACGGUUCUUUAUGCCCUUCGGAUCACGACAACAGUGGCCUGUAACAUGGACCUGACCAAAUAUCCCAUGGACAAACAGACCUGCACCCUACAACUGGAGAGCUGGGGUUAUAAUGUCAAUGACGUGAUGUUUUACUGGGCACGUGGGAAUGAGUCUGUGAGCGGUCUGGACACCCUGCAACUGGCCCAGUAUACUGUUGAAGAUCAUUACACGUCUGCCUCCGAGGCUGUGUAUGAGACGGGAAACUAUCCUAAACUGGCGUUUCAUUUUGAGCUGAAGAGAAGCAUCUUGUACUUCAUUCUGGAAACGUACGUGCCCUCCAGCCUGUUGGUGGUUUUGUCCUGGGUCUCUUUCUGGAUCAGCCAAUCAUCUGUCCCCGCACGCAUCUGCAUCGGAGUGACCACUGUCCUGACGAUGACCACGCUGAUGAUGGGUGCCAGGACGUCUCUGCCCAACGCUAACUGCUUCAUCAAGGCUAUAGACGUGUAUCUGGGCAUCUGCUUCAGCUUCAUCUUUGGAGCGCUAAUAGAGUAUGCAGUCGCUCACUUCUGCACGCUGCACCACCCCGACUGUAACGGUGCACUCAUGUACGGUCACCACAUGCACGACUGCGAGGAGGAGAUGAACGGAAUGGUCACCACCAUCGCCAGCAAUUCCUCGCGGCUCAAGAGACGCAAAGACGCCACAGAUGCGAGCACGGGCGCUGGUGGAGAUCCCGGUCUCACACCCUCCGGUCCGUCUGCCGGUGAAGCCACGCCCCCGGAGGUCCCAUCAGAGCCCUUAAACUGCUGCUCCAAAAACAUUUCACUGCUGCGCAAGAUUGUGACGUCGACCAACUGCUGUCAUGUGAAGAAUCCGCAUUAUAUAGACAACUACUCACGGUUAUCCUUCCCGCUGUCCUUCGUCAUGGUUAAUGUGCUCUACUGGACAUACUACCUGUACUUCUAACCCACUGCUCGACUUUAUUGAUGCACGGCGUUGUACAGUGCAACAGUGCAUCAGUGCUUUGUGAGAAAACAGUGUUUGUCUUCAUCUCUUCAUACAGAUCAAAUCUUUGAAAGAAUUUCAGGUCAUAUGUUCACAUUACACACGCUGAGAUGCUGCUGCUGUUUCAUCAUUGAAUCUGUGUUGUAACGGUGCCAUCAGGAGGAUCAGAGAACUGAAGAUGUGUGUGUGUUUAUCACUGAUGUCCAUAUAUCUGAAGUCAUUCAGGCUGAAGUGAAGCGUGUGGAUGUGAUGCAGUAAAAGCAGCUGAUCGCAGUCAGACGGAUGGCUCUGUCUACUGUACUCAGUGUUGGCUGUAACUAGUUACUAAGUAAUUAGUUACUGUAAUUUAAUUUCUUUUUUCUUGAAAAAGUAAAGUAAGGGAUUACUCAUAUUUAUACUGUAAUUUAAUUACAGCUACUUCUGAUGUAAUUGAACUAAAUACUGUGUGUAAUAUAUUCAAUAGUGGAAUUGACAUCAAAAUUCAAAGUCUAACUUUAAAAUCCCUGCUUUAAUGAAUAAUUCUCACAUCUGUAUACUUUGGUCAGUUAAUAAGAGUACUUUAUGUAGUUUAUAUUAUUUAUUUGAAUGAAGUAAAAGAGCCGUUUCAUGUCUAUCCUUGAAUCACUGAACUAAUCAAGGUUGAUGUAGGAUACAGGAAGUAAUUAGUAAUAAGUCAUUAAAUACUUAUUGGAGAGAGUCAUUUCUACAGUAAUCUAAUUACACUAUUGAAUAUGUCAUUAGUAACUAGUUAUUAAUGACUUUUUCAGAGUAACUUACCCAUUACUGGCUGUACUGUAUGUUCAUUGAUGUACACCGCGCUGUCGCUCCUCUGAAGUGCUUCCGUCUGUGACUGAUCUCUCUCUCUCUCUCUCUCUGUGAAUGACUGCACAGCUGCAGUGCUGAAGACACACACGAGCCAUCUCAUCGCUCUCUGAUUAUGGCUUCAAUAAAUCCAGCGGCUCUUACAGGAUGGAGGGACGGUGAGGGUCGUGUAAACUCUUAUGAGCUGAGCGCUGGAGGUGUUCAUGAACUCUGAUCUGAUCUGCCGCACAUCACAUCUAUAACACCUGAUGCACAUUAAAGCUCUUGUCAUGUGGAUUCAUCUUAGAAUGCGCUGUACUGGACUCUUUGAUAUGGCCUUAAACGUCUGGUUCAGAGCGCAUUUACACCGAUUUAUUGCAUUAUAAGAGAAACAGGACACAAUAUUGGCCCCUUCAGGAGGAACAUGAGUCUCAUCUGAAGUGCAUUUCUGUCAAUGGCAAGAAUAAUGGAUUCUUCUCAGGGCCGUGUUGAAGUUAAACCCGGCUUCAGUAAUUCUUCAUGCUUUGAGCUUUCAGUCAGAUAUUUUGAGCAUAUGCAGUCAGAUUCUUCAUUGUAUGUCUGAUGCCUUCUGUCUGGAGUACACACUACAAAAUGCUUGAUUUUAUGCAUGUCUCUACACCACUUUAAGCUAGUUAUAUGUGUAAUAUUAUACUGUAAAUUUACAUUGUACAAUAUAAGAUAACCUUAUUUCUAUUUGGUAGGUUGAGGAUUAAUGCAACAACACCCCAAAUGAUGAUUUGCUGUACAUGACUUCAAAAAAUCAUGUUGUUUAUAUUUUUAAUGAUUGUAAUGCAUGUAAGAACUUUUGUUUAUUAGUUUUAUUACAGUAUGUUUAUUUUUUUUACUUCCCCUCUCCUCUUUCACAUACAGUACUGAAAUCUAUAUAACGUUUAGGGUCACUCGAGUGAAAUCGUUCUAUUAUCUUAAACGACCUUUUGAUCUGUUAAUGUGUGCUUGAAUUUCUAAAAUAAUGUUUUUUUUAGUCAAAAAUACAAGUGUGCAAAACAUUACAAAAAAAUGAAAAGGCUGACUUGGAGUAAAUAAUGAAGAAAGAGAGGUCAAUCAUACCAUAGCACACCAGAAUAGACGUAAACUCGUUCAGUAGUGUGUAAGAAUCAUCUCAGGGUGAGACUGAUAAAAUGACAGGAGAACAUCUACACAAAGACUGACUGCACUGAACAUCAUCAGCUAACAUCAUUUCCCAAAGUUACAAUUGUGUUCUUCCACAGUUUGGUGAAGUAUAUUACACUAAAAUUUGGGAAAACAUAAAUAAGAGACCCCAAUUCCAGUUGGUGGGGUUUUUGUUAGAUUUUUUUGUGGGUUUUGGUUUGAAUCUGAAUAGGGUAUUUUGUGAUGUUGAAACUGAGAAAUGAGUGUAAAUAGUCUGAAAUACUCUGCAUGUUUACUUGAUGUUAAAUGAAUGAUUCUGAUAUUAAUGACACUAAUAAAUAAACAAGAAGCUUAAGAAUAUUGUUUUUCCUGGUGAAAGAGUUUUGUGUUUAAAGAAGGGAGGGAAGUUGAAGCAUUGAAAACCAGUGCAGUGUUAAAGAUCAUGUUUUAGAAAUACAGUAAAUCACCUGUGGGCACAGAAUGUGUAUUCUCAUUGAACAAACUCACAGUAUGGUGUUGGGUAAGUUACUCUGAAAAAGUCAUUAAUA